AUAAUGGAAGCUUUUCAUCAGGCAAAUGCAGCCUUGGCCACUGACAUAUUUAAGAACUUAAAUGAAAAAAGCAAGACAGAAAGUUUCCUAAUCUCGCCAUUUUCUAUGUCAUCCUCUUUGGCUUUAGCGUAUAAAGGAGCCAAAGAAGAGACUGCAAAGCAAAUAGAAAAGGUUCUUCACUAUGAAAAUGUCAAAGAUUAUGACUUUGGAUUUCAAACUCUAACUUCAGACAUUAAUAGAAUUAGUGCUGCAUCCUCCUUGAAAAUGGUCAAGCGUCUUUAUGUGGACAGUAGCUUUAAAUGCACGAAAGAGUUUAUUAAUUCAGUAAGGAAACCAUAUCCAUCAGAAUUGGAAGAAAUUGACAUAAAAUCCCGCCCUGAAGAAGCCAGAAACCAGAUAAAUACCUCCGUAAAAGACCUUACUGGCGGCAAUGUGGAGAAUGUGUUGACCGAGGGCUUGAUAAAGGAAAAUACUAAUAUGCUAGUGUUGGGAGCUGCUUACUACAAAGGAAACUGGUUGUAUAAAUUUAAUGAAUGUGAAACAAAAGAGAAUGAGUUCCAUGUGACCAAGACGGAAACUAAACCAGUUCAGAUGAUGCAGCUUGAUGCACGACUCGGUAUUAGAACUCUGAAUGAACAGAAUUUGAUGAUCCUGGAUAUCCCAUUUACAGGCAAGCAAAUGAGUAUGCUUAUUAUUAUGCCAAAAAGCAUUGAGGAUGACUCCACUGGACUGGAAAAGGUGGAAAAGGAACUGACAUAUGAAAAUUAUAUCAACUGGACCAACCCAAGCAUGAUGGCCAACAGCAAAGUAAAGUUGAGUUUGCCUAAGUUCAAGAUAGAAAGCAAAUACAACCUAAAGGACAAUCUGAGGAGCCUGGGAGUAAAUGACGCCUUCAAUGAAGAGGUGGCGGAUUUUUCUGGAAUGUCAGAGAAAAAGGGUCUUUUUAUAUCUGAAGCAAUUUAUGAAGCUAGCAUAGAUAUAGGAGAGGAUGGUUCCGAGGUACCAGGUGUGAUACGAGAGAGAGUCUUGAUGCCAAAAACUGAAUGUAAUGUUAACCAUCCAUUCCUGUUCACUAUAAAACACAGCAAAACACAGGCUAUACUAUUCUUUGGCAGGUAUGCAGGCCCUUCAGUAUCAUCUUAAGUAAUCUAUAUAAGAUUGUCAUUUUUAGUAAUUCAUUUUUCAUAAUAGAACCUGCAGGUCAUGUAUUCAAGUAGGAAUACACAGACAUUUUGUUAUGUUGCUGUUGUUCUCUAAUAAACAACAACAUUUAAGAUAAAAGCACCCAUCUGUCUUUGAUUCCAGCAAUAAAGAAUGUACAGAUCUCUGGAUCUGGUUUAAAUCUGGUAACUAAAGGAAACAUGUGGAAGAUCUUUCAGAUAUCAAAAUGUCAUUUUUAUUACACAAAUAAUGACAGUACAUGGAAAAUAAAUCAUGGAGACAUUAUAUAGUCUCUGAUGACAGUAACUCUCCCUGUAGUCACGCUAAGUGUUUUUUUUUCAGCAGAGUAGGAAUACUAUGAACAUAUUCCUGUAUCUAUACA